GAAGCUAGACUGCGAGCUUCGAGCGCGUGCCACAACCGUCAGUUGCACCGCGUCACAGCAUAGAGGUUCGCCCCGCAGCUUCAGCAAGACGUCAAUCAACUAGCCAGAGGCAUGUCGUCGGACGACAGCUAUUCCCGCGGCAGCCAGUCCACGCUUUCCGAAGAGGCCGAGCAGAUCUGGCAGCGCUACGUCGCCGGACGGCAGCGUGAGCGACGGCUCGACUGCUCCGAGUGCGAAGCGGCCGCCGCCAGCCGUGACGUAGUUCGCAGUGGGAGCAGUGUGCCCGAGCAGCGAUCGUGGAGGACGAGACGCUCGUCGCGACCGGACUCUUCGUUGUCCGGCGUCAACCGGUACGGCGUCACGGACACGGAGUCCCUGAUCACCGGCCGAUCCUUCUCGACCGAGGGCGACGCUCCGGUGCCCAGCGUCCAUUGGGUGCGCGCCUUGUGCCUGGCGCUGAUGGCACUCUCCUCGGCGCUCUUCAUCGGCGCCGUCUCGCUGGCCCUGAUGCACUCGCUGCCGGAGACGUGGCCCACGCCGCCGUCCGGGGAUGCCAAGGUUCACGGCGCCGCCUCCGCAGCCAAUCCAAGCCAGGACAAGGCGGGGCAACAUCCGGUGGUCCAGGAUGCGGCGAGGCUGGAACAUGCGCCGAAGGAGCACGUCGGGGCACCUUCAGUGGCCGCUGCAACAACCCGCACAUCCACGCCAACGUCCGCUGGUGGAGCUCCUCCAGAAAGCACCGACGUGCAGGACACGGCCAUUCAGCACAGCGCUCGGCAUGAGACGCCAGACCGAUGCCAGCGCGUCUUCUAUAAGUUCUGCCUGAAACCCCGGCGCGAGUUCUUCUUCAACCCGGCGGCCAACGCCUGCGUCGCCCUGAGCCGCCGAUCCGGGGCCGAGGUCUGCAACCGGAGCCCGAACCGAUUCCUCACGGCUGUGGGCUGCUCACGGCAGUGCGUCCGCACUAGGAAACCUGCCGGAAAGUGCUUGCAGACGGCUCUGCUGUCCACGUGUGGCAGGGGCGACGUCGUGAACGGCAGCAACCUGUGGUUCUUCGACAGUCGCGGCUGCCACCUGUGGAGCUUCCCGUCGGGCAAGUGCCCGUCCUGGGACGGCCAGCUGUUCUCCAGCGUGGGCCGGUGCCGGGACGCGUGCGUGCGCCGACGCGCGGGAUCGGACUCCGCGCGCGCCUGCCGGACGCCCACGCCGGCCACGUGCAACUCCCGGCAGCUCAAGUUUCCUUUCUUCGCCGCCGACUAUGGGAAAAGCGCGGCGCUGCGCUGCCUGCCCACGUCUACGGCGGGCAAAGCGUGGCGCCGGUGCCUGGCUGGCGCCAACCGAUUCAGGACGAGGGCGGCCUGCGAGGCGGCCUGCGUUUACGGAGGCAGCUAGCGCACUGGCGCGGCCCUCUUAAGUAAGAGCUGGCUUUCCCGCCUGGCCCCGUGGGUUCACGUCGCGGGAGUCAAGAAGUUGCGCCCUGCAACCACAUAGCGGGAGUGCCUGCCGUUUUGUAAAAAAAAAAAAUUGCUCAGUUAUUCGAAAACUUAUGUCAUUAUGUGUGACCUGCUUGUGUGCGAGGAGGGAGGACGCUAAUUGCUUUUGCUCACUCUUCAUGGUUAUGAGCUUUCGACGUUUUUGUGCGCACUCUAUGCAGUAAAUGGUGGAUUUUCAACUCCGUAAAGCAGCUGUAGCACACAGUACUACACAGUUUGGAGACGUGACUGAGUGAACCAUUGAAGCCCUUAUGACGAGUAACAAAAAAUAGACUUAAAAAUUCAAGAGGGGGGUCGCAUAGUUCGCGUAGUCGGCAUGUUGUUUGCAAGCAAUGAAACUACUGCAGUAAAGAAAAGCGCGUCGGAGAUGUCGCUGUCCGCGACAUCAGUCUUCUGACUGCACCACACACAAGUUAUAGAAAAAGAACGCUGAAAUAUUGAUGAUGAUGACGAAAUAAAUUUUGUUAUAAGGUAGA